AUGAAAGACGUUUCUAGAUCUCCGGUGAGAAGAAACGACGGUUUCCACCGCUACUUGAAGCCAGGCGCGCUUGCUCAGAUCCGAAACUCGAGAAUCACCGCUAGAUCUACCUCUCUCGUAUCUCGCUCCCUCUCGCACCCGCUCGAUCCGCCACCCCUUUCUCAGAACUCUGCCGAGGAAGCGGCGGCGGCGGCGCGGAAUCUGACGAUAGACCAGGUACCACAUCUUCUGAGAAAGAUCUACGGUCCUUAUAGUUUUCAGAGGAAGAAGUUAGGCGCUGCUAGAUCCGUCUCGUCGAUGAUGAUGGUGAAUCUGAACACUUCAGUCAUUGAAUCCACUGGUGGAAACAACAGUAUGUUGACUAGUGAUGUAAUUGCUCAUUGA